AUCACCUCUUGCAACAAGACGUGUGGAUCUUCCCCGAAGAAAACCAAAGAGGAAUACGAGAGUGGAAGUGAACCACCCAAAGUUGGACAUUGCCAGCCGACCACAGCCUUUUCCGAGCAUCGCCUCGACGCUAACAACCUUUUCACCGAUGGUGAAAAGGAAUUUUUAACUCAUAAAGAUGAAAGGAGAGCAAGUGAAGAGAAAAAACCAAAGGCUUUGGUAAGUUGGCUCAAAAACUACAGAUACUCUGCGAAAUUGAUUUGGCCUAAAAUGGUUUCAGUAGUUUAACUUAUGAAAAAAACCCUUGGAGUGUGAUAAUAAUACCCGGCCUCACGACUAUAAAUGCCAGCAGUUUACUAAUCAGUCAGUAACGGGUGGGCAGUGGCGGAUCCAGACCUAAUCUGGGUGCGGGGGGGAGCGGUCAUCCAGACCCCGAGAUAAGGGGGGCGGUCUCAAAAUAAUUUUUUUCGGUCCUUCAGGCCUCAGUUUGGUCUAAAAAUAAGGUGGGGAUCCGGGCCUCCCGUGUCCCUACCCCCUGGAUCUGCAAAUGGUGGGGACAGGUUUGUUGAACAGAAAUUCGUGUCCUCUCUCAACCUUCACAAAACAACUUGGUCCUUUAAGUGAUAUUCAGAUGUAAGUAAGUUUUUUUUAUCUGGUAAAUGAGGUUUUGUUUUCGGUAGAGGCGACUCAUGUCCAGUCUCUUAAUAAUCCGCCAUGUCAAGUCAUGGCCACUCUGCUGUAAGACAAACACUUCGUGACUAAAUAUGGCAGGUGUGGUAAAUCAGUAAAACCCUAUGUUCUCGGACUAAAAAGCGACUAAUGAGUGUGGGGGGAGCUCUUCGUCGUUCUUGAAGAUAGCGUUUUAACUGCGUAUUUUCGUACUAAACAUCUCCUCUGGUUAUAUACUUUACCUUUGCAGAAAAGAAGAGUGAUCAAAUUUUUUUCCUGGGUAGCACGCCACUGUUGUUGCAGGCCUAAAACAAAGGAGUGA